AUGGCUGACAAGGCGAAAGAGAACGUAGGGGGGUCUGGUGCUGUCUGUCGCCCAUGCCAGCUCGUUUUGAGUCAGCAGCUGGUUGCAAGAAUGAUAGAGGGAGAGUCGCGGGCCGCGAUUCGCAAAUCAGCAGCGCAAGCCCUAUUGAUCAGGUUUCGUACCGGAACUUCUGACUCGGGGCGAGGGGAAGGGGGCUUUGUCCUGCACUUGAGUUCUCUUGCGCUUCCCCCCCUCUUUCUCCUGUCCGCUUUCGCUGCUGCGAAAGAUAACAGCGAAACCGAUUUGCUUGGCACUGACUCUUCCCGUUCUCCCUCUCCUCCCUCCCAUUUCUCUGCCCCGUUGCCCCCUCCUCCCCUAUCCCUCCCCUCCUUUCGCUCGCCCUUCCUUUCCCAUUUCGCCUCCACACUACCCCCCGCUCUCCCUCUCUCUUCCCCCCUCUCUCCCACUCCAACCUCUCUCCCACUUCCUUACUCCCUCUCCCUUCCCCCCUUUCUUCCUCUCCCUCUCCCUUUCUCUCCAACUCUCGGCCCCCUUCCCCCUCUCUCCGUUUCCCCUCCGCUCUCCCGCCGCUUCCCCAACCCCGCCCCUCCCUGUGCAGCCCGGACCACGAGCAACUACUGCUGGACCCCUCUUGGCCGCCCUCCACCACUCUCUCCUUCCCCGACCUCCCCCACAAGAAGCUCCCUACCUUCCUCCACUGCUGCUGCUAUCACGGCUGCUCGUGCGUCCGCGUCGAUUUGGGGUGUGGGAGGAAGGGAGGGCGGAGGGGUGGUGGGGGGAGUGCAGCAUUUCACCGAAGCGCAGGCUGCUGGUUCUGGGGGGGAGUUGGAGCGGAGCGGGCAGGCGGGAGAGGGAUUUGGGGAAGCAGGUGUUGUGGGUGGUGAUGGUGAUGUUGCUCGCAGUAUUGCUGGUAUGGCUGCAGAAGUGAUGAUUCGUGCGGCCGGACCUGGCACUGUAGGUUCGGGUUCAGAUACCGCAACAGGAGCAGCAGGCUCGGCGGCAUCAGGUGUGGCUCCUGUUUCUGCAACAGCAGCAGAAACAACAACAGCGACAACAACAACAACAACAGCAGCAGCAGCAGCAGCAGCACCAGCAGUUGAAGGAACAGAAGCUUUUCCUGAGCAGGGUUCUCUGUCUCCUCUCUUCUCUCACUCUCUCGCCGCUGCUGCUGCCUCCCCUCCGCUGUUCUCCCACAUGCCAUCCCACGAGGGAGACGCGCUCCUCUCCUCCCUCUUUGACUCUAUACCUUCCCCGCUCUCUCCUGAUUCUGCUGCUGCUACUGCUGCUGGUACCGCCGCUGCUGCUGCUGCUGGUGCUGAAAUUGCUGCCGCUACUGCGGGUGCUGGUACGGGGGCAGGAGGAGAGGGAGCAGGGGCGGCCUGUGGUGCGACAGCGAGAACGGGAGACGCCAGGGGCACGGGGAAGGGGGGAGCUAUGCAAAUGGGGAGAGCAGGGGCGGCAGGGAGAUCUGAGGGAGUGUGUGUGGGAAGGGGAGUAGGAGGUGGGGGAGAAUCAGGAGGGGCGGGUGCAGGGGGAGGGAGCACUGGGGGAGCUGGGGGAGUGGGGGGAGUGGGGGCAGGGGCAACCAAGGGAGCAAGGGGAGCGGGAGCAGGGUCGGUAAAGCCGGUGUUGAAUUUCGCCCAGUUCUCGCGACCACUGCAGCAGUAUGGCAGCGCGCAUGUGAGGACCCUCCGUGCUGCCAUUUCUCGCACCAACACACGCCUUACCCCUCUCCCUUCUGCUCCUGCCACCGCUGCUGCUUCUGCCACCACCGUUGCUGCUUCCAGAGUUGCUGCCGCUGCUGCUGCUUGUGGUGCUGGUGGGGCUGCUGCAAGCAAUAAUGCGACGGCACAGGUCGAGAGACACUCUACAGCCCAACUACCUGAUGCUUCCAUCCCAUAUUCCUCCCGCUCUUCCUCCCGCCCUUCCUCCCUCCCGUCCUCCCGCUCUUCCGCCCGUACUGGCCCAUGCUCUUCCCCAUCCAUGCCGCCUCCAACCAAACCAGCAUCCCCAGCUGCUCUCUCACUCCCCACAUCCUCCCCCACUCGCCCUCUCACACACACCCCCUCACCAACUCCCUCCCCCGCCCAUGCACCCAGCGUUCCUUCCCCGCUUGCUCCUCAUCCUCCCACGCGCGUCAGCUCUCCAGGGCAGAUGCUUCAGGGUGGCGGCCGGUACGUUCUUGCCUCUGCGUCUCCCACUGCCAGCACCGUUCAGAGCCCAAGUGGUGCAUGCAAUGAGGGUAAAAAGAGUGCUGCCGUCCUUUUUGCUAUUGCCCACACUACUACCGCCCAGCCUGCCACCCACCCUUCUACUGCCCUCCUUGUUAGCGCUGCUGACACUGCUACCCAGUCCCUGCCCUUCUCUCUGCCGUUCCACUCCCCUGGUGCUGAUUUGGGCUUAGGGGCUGAGAGUGGGGGAGAAGAGGGGGGCUUGGUGGGAGAAGGGGGAGCAGGACAGAGUAGGGUAAUGGGGGGAGGAGGGAAGGAGGGAGGUGCGGAGGAAGGGAAGAAGACGCAGAGGGAUGCAGAGCAGCUAAUGCAGUUAUAUGAGCAGUAUAGAGGUAGGGAAGGGCAGGCGGGGGAGAGGCGGACGGAGGGGGGAGGAUGGAGGGGAGGGAGGGCAGGGGAGCCUGGAGAGAAAGGGGUUGGAGAGAGAGGGGCUAGUGUGGGCAGUGGUGCAGUGGCAAGCACUAGGGAAAGCAGGACAGAGAAAGAGUGGAAGGAGCAGCAGGUGGGAUGGAAGGCAGACGGAGAAAUGAGAACAGAGGGCGGGUUGGAUGAAGGUAAUGAUGUGAGAGACGAGGAUAAGGGGGUAGGUACAGGGAAGAGAGAGGAGGGAAGGAAGGAGAGCAGGGGGGAUGGUGAGCGGGAGGAGGGGGGCAGCUGGAGAUGGGGUGGGGAAGGGAGUGGGGGAGAAGAGGAGGAGGAGGGCGACGACGACGAAGGAUUUGGGGAGGAGGAAGGGAGGGAAGAGGAGGAGGGGGACGGGGAGGCGGAGCGGGAGCGGAGAGAAAGAGAGGGGUGCAUGGUGGCAGCGCAGGGUUGUCUAGAGAGGGCGCUGGCAGGCUCAGAGAGAGGCGUUCUGCACAGCCCAGGGCCUGCCAUCCUAGGAGCGGGGCGUUGGCAGUUACAGGCCCCUGCACGUGUACAGAGAAGAGGGGGAGUGCGAUGGGAAGAUGAUGAGACGGAGGGGGGGCAGGAGCGGGAUGAGGAGGAGCAAGAGGAGGAGGAAGAGGACGACGACGACGAGGGGGAGGAGGAGGAGAGGUUAGAUGGGGGAGGUAAGAGGGCUUCUCCUGGUGUGAUCUGGGUCCCCUCGUCGCCCCCCACCUUUAAUAUUCCACAAAUCUUCCUUUCACCUCGUCUCUCCCCGCCAUCGAUUCUUGACCCGCAGCGGCGGCGAGACAAGAUCAACGAGCGGUUCAACGCCAUGCGGGAGCUGCUGCCAGACUGCAGCAAGGUAGGUGGGAUCAAUCAACAAGCGGUUCAACGCCAUGCGGGAGCUGCUGCCAUGAGGGAGAGAGAAGAGUGGGUGGAACUGGCGGGUGGUUUCUUGCAUGGGAAGAGUGGUGGAGAGUGUUGCAAAUGGAUCUUUAGGGCGGACAAGGCAUCACUGCUGGACAAGUUUAUAGAGCACAUUAAAGCCAUGCAGCUGCAGCUGCAGAUCAUGUCGUUGCGGUCAGGGUUGGGAGCAGGAGUCACCGGCGCUGCAGCAGCGCAUGUCAUAGCCCCUCUCGUGGAACUAUCACCAACUGCUGUCACCACCGCCACCACCGCCACUGCAGCAGCCGCAGCAGCAGCAGCAGCAGCAGCAGGGAUGCAGCAGAUGCAGUCGUCUGUAUCAGAGGCUGCUGUUCUAGACCCGAUGCACCGCCACUUGCUGUGGCCACAACACUUGUUCAAGCAGCAGCAGCAGUGGCAGGAGCAGUGGCAGCAGCAGCAGCAGGAGGAGGAGUGGCGGCAGCGGCAGCAGCAGCAGCAGGAGUGGCAGCAGCUGCUGCAGCAAGAGCAACGGCGGCGGCAGCAGCAGCAGCAGCAGCAGCAGCAAGAGCAAGUGGCAGCGCAACAGGCAGAGCAAGACCUGUUUGUGCGCCUGCUGCAGCAACAGAGCGAGGCAGAGCAACACCGGUGGCAGCAGCUGCAGCUGCAGCUGCAGCAGCAGCAGCAGGAGAAGGAGCAGCAGCAACUGCUGCUGGAGCAGCAUCACCGCCAUCGUCGCCAACUGCAGCAGCAGCAGCAGCGUGGGCAGCAAGAGGAGCAAGAUAUUCCUCUCACUCAACUCCUCCCUGCAACCACUCCCCUCGCCCCCCACUCUGCACUGCUCCCUCUCCCCCCCACCUCCAAAGCCCGAGCUCCACCACCCGCCCUUCCCUUUCCUGAUGCUUUCCCUGCUGCGGCUCUGUCAUCGCGACAUGGUCCCAUCUCUGCUCGACCCACUAACCAUCCCUUUGCCAGCCUCACAGCUCUUGCUCCCAGCGCAAGAGAUAGGCGGCUGAGAGAAUCAGCAGAUGCUGCUGCCGCCCACCCUUCAGCUGCUGCUGCUGCUUCUAUUGCUUCAGAAGCUGCUGGGUCAGCAGGAGGAGCAGCAGGAGCAGGUGUGGGCGGGACGAGAGGAGGAGAAGGCGAGAGGCACACGAAGCAGAUGUAUGGUUUGAUGGAGUGGGAGAGGCUGUGUGCUGCUCAAUCCGCUGCUCCUGCUGCUGCUGCUUGGGAUGGUGCUUCUGAGGCAAAAGUGGCGAGGAUUCUGCAAGAGAGCAGGGGAGAAGGGCAUGAGGAGAGGCUUGGGGAGAGGCGUGGGGAUAGGCAUGGGGAGAGGCUUGGGGAAAGGCGUGGGGAGAGGCUUGGGGAAAGGUGUGGGGAGAGGCUUGGGGAGAGGCGUGGGGAGAGGCUUGGGGAGAGGCUUGGGGAGGGGAACAACAGAAGGUUGGGCGAAGAAAGGGGGACGCGUGCAGGGGCUCUUGGCUCAACAGCAGGUGCAGCAGGGGCAACAGGAGCCAUAGGUGGGACAGUGUCAGGUGCAACGGCGGGUGGUGAUGGUGUGGUGGGGGCAGAUGGAGGGGCAGGUUGGGACUUAGCAGCCAUGGAGGCUGCAGCACUGCAGGUAGCUCGCAUGGAGCAGGCAGGCAGGGGAGAGGCGGCGCCGCUAUUCCCACAUUCGCACUCCAAUCCAGGCAGAACUAGGGGUGGUGAGAGGAGGGGGCAGCAGCACGGGCAUAACGGGGGGCUGUGGAGAGGGGGUAGCUUGGGAUGGUAG